AAAAUGCUCCCUGUCCGCCGCCGCCCUGGUGGCCACCUCCUCUUUCUGCUCCUGUUCCUGCUGCCCUCAAUGCCUCCUGCCCGCGCACCAGCACCCUCGGGCCCCGCCGCUGCCGCCCUGCUCCAGGCUCUCGGGGUGCACGAAGUGCCCCGGGGCGUCCCCACGCCCCGGCCUGUGCCUCCUGUCAUGUGGCGCCUGUUUCGCCGCCGCGACCCCAGGGAGGCCAGAGCUGGGUACCCUCUGCGACCGUGCCACGUGGAGGAACUGGGGGUCGCCGGAAACAUCGUGCGCCACAUCCCGGACAGCGGUCUGUUCUCCAGAUCCCCAGGGCCCACCAGAACCUUGGGGCUGUGCCCCAAGUGGACUGUCACCUUCAAUUUGUCGGGCGUGGAGCCUGCCGAGCACCCAACACGUGCGCGUCUGGAGUUGCGCCUGGAGGCUGAGAACGAAGAUACGCACGGGUGGGAGCUAAGCGUGGCACUGUUGGCCAAGCAUCCCGGGCCUGAGCUGCUGCGCAUGCCUGUGGCACCGGGGCUGCUAGUACGCGCAGACCUACUGGGGGCCGCGGUAGCCGCUAACGCAUCGAUGCCCCGCACCCUGCGCCUGGCACUGGCGCUGCACCGUGGAGCCACCACCGUCUGCGCGCGGCUGGCCGAGGCCUCGCUGCUGCUGGUGACGUUAGACGCGCGCCUGUGUCCCCCGCCGCGGUUGCGGCGCCACUCCGAGCCUGGGGUGGGAGGUGGUCCAGGGGGCGCGUGUCGCACACGGCGGUUGCACGUGAGCUUCCGGGAGGUGGGCUGGCACCGCUGGGUGAUUGCACCUCGCGGCUUCCUGGCCAACUUCUGCCAGGGCGCGUGCACGCUGCCUGAAGCGCUACAGGGACCCGGUGGGCCGCCCGUACUCAACCACGCCGUGCUGCAUGCGCUCAUGCAAGCGGCCGCCCCUACUCAGGGCGCGGGCCCGCCCUGCUGCGUGCCCGCACGCCUGUCGCCCAUCUCCGUGCUCUUCUUCGACAACAGCGAUAAUGUGGUGUUGCGACACUACGAGGACAUGGUGGUGGACGAGUGUGGCUGCCGCUAACUACCCAGGACACCCUUGCAGGGACGGCCCCACGCGAAAGCAAGGACCAUUUGUUCAUGUUUUAUUGGUGACAAAAAGCUUAAAACAAAUUUGACCAAAAAUUAAGUUCCAUUGCGUUGGCGCAGGUGUGCCUGGGUAGGGGUCGGGUGGCCGCUGCGGGAGGUUGGGGGGCCGUGGCAGGGCGCCCAGCAAUGAGACCUCCACCCACGACGGGGAAGAACCCGAGGGCCGUCACGCAUUGGUCACGCUCAGGAGUUUGCCUGCGGCCUCUGAAGCUCAAACGCAAAACAAAUCCUCUGGCCAUGGUGCAGGCGGUGAUCCCAGGCUGCGGGGCUCAGGCUUCUUAGCGCGGCCUCUUCUUGCAUCUCCCAGGUCCACCACUAAGGUCUUAGAGACAACUGAUCAAAGUACUUCCCAUACUCCUUUGAAAGAAUUCUUGAAAAAAAAAAAAAAAAAGAAAACAAA